GCUUUAGACCGGGAUUUCUCCACGUUCAGAUCGGGGAGGAGGCUGCAUCAGCCCUCAUUAAGAUUCCCCGUCCGUCCGCGCGCUAAAGCCUCCCGGUUUUGGAGGGUGGCACCGAGCGUCCAGGCGGGACCGUCGUUGCAUCAGCUGGCCGCGGGAGUUGCUCCGCGUCCAAAGGUGGGCUCACAUGUCCGGAGGUCCGGCGACGGGAGGCGCCGCGCGCGUGAUCCAGCCCCGCAGACUGUAGUGUGCGGCUCGGCGGGGUCCUCCACAGCGACACGCGCCGCAGCGCUCCUCCGCGCGCGCGCAACAUUUCUCCAACAUGUGCGCCGGGAUGGACUGGAAGUGACACGGCGGUUUUGGAUUCGCCAAACACCCAACCUGCGUUGUGUGAUCAAGAGAACCAUGAGCCCUGGAGAGGAGGAGCCGGAUCACAGGAUACCAUGAAGACAAGCCUGCAGGUUCUGCGCUGCCAGCUGCUGAGUGUCCUAGCAAUCCUAGCACUGCCAGUAGGACUGGUGUCGGCACAGGAGCUGCACUUCCCCCCGACCACCCCAGACUCCAUGGCGGUCGACCACAGCAGCCCCCUGUCUGCCCCCCAGCCUUCCUGGUACCAGGACGGCUCCAUCAGCGAGGAAUGGUCGUCCAAAGGCAGGCGUCCGUCGGACAUCACCCUUCCUACUCGAUCUCUCAAUCAAGACACAAAAACUGUCACUGUGAGCUCUGCCAGCCAUGUAACUCCCCCCCAGGUGCCGAGCUUUGAGACUGUCAAACGAGUUCAUAACCCAGUCACUGUUAGCACUAGUGAGGCCAGCAGCAGCCCCAAACUCCCCAGUACAGUUAUAAAUGCAAAUUCUGCUGCUAAAGGAGCUCCAAGCCCGCUAGCACUAGUGUUGAGAUCAGACAAACUGAGCAUAGAGGAACCCGUUCUCCCCCUGCAGCCCUCACCCCCCAAUGCUGCAAAAGACCUGAAACUCAGGGAGCACACUGCAAAAUCCCCACAGCUGCCCGUGCACCACGCCAUCACUCAGCGGGAGGCCCCCACCGCAGUGAACGAGCCCCCGACCGCAGAGACAGGAUCUGCCACCCAGAACGAGAACCUAACCACCACCACGUCCAACCUGUCCACUGAGAUGAACUCGCAGAGCUCAACUGUCCUCGCCGUCACCCCCACCGCAUCAACCGCCAACGGAAACGGCACCGACGGCCUGCCGGCGGCCCCCCAGCUGGGAAAUGCCACCGCCCAUAUAGGGCUGCUCUCAAACAGCAGCUUUGUUCAGGCGGCGCCCGAUCAGGCCAACAACUCUGAGCCUCUGUCCACGUUCAGCAGGAACUUCCUCAACAGGCAGGAGCCGGCCACGACCGAUGACCCCUGGGCGCCCGGCAACAACUCGGACCCCACCGUCAGAUCCCCGUCGUCGGAAAUCUGCCUGAGCAGGAUGGACUUCGUGUGGAUCGUGUUGGCCAUCAGCGUGCCGGUGUCCUCCUGUUCCGUUCUUCUGACGGUCUGCUGCAUGCGGAGGAAGAAGAAGUCUGCCAGUCAAGAGAACAACCUGAGUUACUGGAACAACGCCAUCACCAUGGACUACUUCAGCCGCCACGCCGUGGAGCUGCCCAGGGAGAUACACACACUGGAGAGCGAGGAGCACGACUCCGGUCUCCCCCCAAACGGAGACUACAGCGGCAGCAGCGUCGUCCUGGUUAACCCCUUCUGCCAGGAGACCCUGUUUCUCAACAGAGAGAAAGCCUCUGCCAUAUAAGGACACGCCCCGCCCUGCUCUUCUGUCGUUUUUAUACACAUAUAUAUAGAUAUACUUAUGUGGUGAAGACUUUAUACUGUAUAUGACAAACACAACCUGAAGAAAAGUCACUAAAAAAACCCUAUUUACUAUAAGGAUGCACCUGCAUAUUUUUCUGAUGUACAUUUUCUACAAAAGGCUUCGUUGUGAUAAAAGGUUUCUAUGGUCUUUA